AGGCUGGUUACUGUAUACAUAAUAAAUCUUUUUUUAAAAAGUAGUCCCUGUUAGGUCUGUCUAGUUGGGGUACGAUGGGGUCCAGUUUGCUCACUCCCUUAGUGUUUAUGUGCAGGCUUCACAUGUCUCCAGGAGCCCAGCUGUGGAGGCUCUGCAGAGUGGUCCAUGGCCCUUGUGCCAUUGAACUUCCUGCCACCCUUGCAUCCAUUAUAGAUCAGACUUGGUGUUUGUGCUAGUAGGAGGAGCCUGGGGGCGGGGUAAGCAGCCAGACGGGUUUGACAGGUACAUGGGAACCUGGAGAGGGCUGGCCCAAGGUCAGGUGCCCUCCAGGGAGGGGCACUUGACAACCUAGUGGCAGACAAGCCAGAAAUUGGGGUCAGAACAGGAGAGACUCACCAGGAUACUCAUCUGAACCAGCAUCGACAGGUACAAUCUGGAUGCCGUGUCCUCGGCUCCUCUGGUUCCGCCGCCACCGAGCCUCCCAGGGCUCAAGCCCGGGCUCCCCAGGUACCCUCUCUGCACCCACGUCCCCUAGCAGAGGCGAAAAUGAGGACGCAGAGGAGGAGGAGGGCGAUGGCAACCCGGGCGACAGCCCCAUCCUGCCCCCUGCAUCCCCCAUGGAGUGCCUUAUCUGCGUGUCACCCUUCGACGGCGUUUUCAAGCUACCAAAACGCCUGGACUGCGGCCACGUCUUCUGUCUCGAGUGCCUGGCCCGCCUAUCCCUGGCUACGGCGGGUGGCGGUGACGCAGUGGCUUGCCCCAUGUGCCGUGCGCCCACGCGCUUGGCCCCGCGCCGGGGGCUUCCCGCUCUACCCACGCAGCCAAGUCUGCUGCCUCGCGAGGCGCGCGUGGCACCCCUAUGCCAGGGCUCCGUGCGAUUCGACCGCCGCCGAGGGCUCCUGUACCUGCGACCACCGCCACCGUCCCCGGGGCCACGCAAGAGUCGCGCAGUGCGUGCCCCGCCGCCUCCACCUCCGCUGCGCCUCGGCCGCCCGCUGUCGCGUCGCCUGUCCGUGAGCAGCCCCACAUGGGCCUUCAACGCGGCUGUGGCUCUGGCGGUGCUGGUGGCCGCGGGCCUCGUUGUCUCUGGUGUCUAUAUCUUCUUCCUCAUCCCUCAUGUCACCACCUCCGGCCUUGCGCGGCCUCAGGUUGUAGCUCUAGCCCCCGAGCCUAGCUUCUGGCAACCGCCGAGGCCCACACCAAUGGCAUCCUGGACCCACACCUGGAUGCCACGGCCCACAAAGCCUGAUCUAGACCUGGAUAGUACCCUGCCAGAGGCUACCAAGGACACGCCAGAGCUUGAGGAGGCUACCAAGGACCCAGGGACCCUGGAUACACUACCAGAUCAAACACCUAAGGCAGAGACUGACCUUGGCUGGAACCUGCAGGCACAGGAUGCUGGGAAAAGGUUGUAACUACAGCAAUAAAUGCCUCAGUGGAUAAGCCCUGUCUCCUGGUCUGAGGAUUUCUGUUAUCCUGGAGGGCAUUAACAGAAUGCAUCUCUCCAGACUGGGGACCGAAAAGGCAUGAACUCUCUCAAACCACUGUAAUCAUUCCAUGAGAAUGUCUGAUUCCCAUGACCAUCUAAUUGAAGGUACCAGGCCACGCAUGUAAGGGUCCUACUGACGAUUACUUCUGAACCACAUCCUUGUGUAGGUCUAGUUGGGGUACCCCUGAUUCUCAUCUCUGUGGAAGUCCAGCUGGCCUCCCACCCCCCACCCCCCACCUGUGACAUCUAUACCGGACUGUGUCAGGGUGCCUUAGCUUUGAUCUUGAUGGGAUGCUGUUAGAAGCACUUCAAAUCAUCAUAACCACAGCCCCCUAAGGGAAACAUUCCUGGUCAGCUCUGGAGAUGAAGGCUCUGAUCCACUCAUCCUUUGGACUCACCACAGUGGGGCUGGGGCCCCUAUCUUUGGAGUACAAAACUUGUUACUAUUCUGAUUAUGUGUCUUGCUGCCCACAGCUAGUCUGUAAAUUUCAGCACCUGCUCACCUGACGAGGACUCUGACUCGGAGGGCCAGGGGUGGCCUGGCUAGGAAUGGGAGGGGCCCUGACUUCUGAAAACUGGUUCUCAUUUGGGAAGUAUAUCCCAAGCUGGUCUGGGAGUUUGAUGUCCCCUCCAGACUUUGGUUUCUGGGACCUACUCAGUACCUUGCGGAACAGUUCUGGUCAUCACGGGAGAGUUAAGACCUCCCUGUGACUCAGACAGAAUCAUUCAAUAUGAGAAGGCCCUGGCCCUCCAUAGCUUACAUGAGAGAUGGCUGGUCCUGUGUCCACUUUAAUCCCAUUAUCCCCAUUUUUCCCCUUCUCCGGGGCUCCAUCAGCUCUGCCCAGCCUCUGCUGAAGUCGAAGCCUUUCCAGCAUCCACCUCUAUGGAAGGUGGCUCCUGUCUUCCUUCCAAAAGCCUUUUUGGCUUAGACACAGAUUAGGAGGAAGGCAGCUGUUCUCUGCAUAGGCUGACCACAGACCUCUGAAACACUGUGUCCUGGCUUACCUCACUUGGCAUGAGACGAUGUGUGUUAAGGGUGGGCAGCAUUUUCCAGAAUGAAAUGUGACUUCUACAUA